AUGAAUCAGCAAGGCUCUGGCUACUCGCAAUACUACCUAAACCCCUACCCAAACCAACAGACUACUCCGUAUCCCGGAUACGCAGCACCACAGCAGGCACAGCAGUUCUUCCGACCCUUUCCACAGAACGCUCCCACACCUCAACAGCAACCGCGCCGCCAACCACUGCCAACGCCGGUUACAGCGAGCCGCCAGAAUGGCCAGAACUUGCAACAGGCCGUUCAAGAUGGCAGCCCACCCGCAGACCCGGGCGCACCACCACCUGAUCGCAGCUCACCGGACCUGGAAGAUCGGCUGAGGAACGCGCUGCAGCAACAUCAGCAACCCGGACAGAACCAUGACAAUAACGAUGAAGACGAACAAAACGAUGACGCCGACGACCCGAACGAGCCAGUCUUCGCUAUCCCAGCUCCGCCCGAAGGCAACUACGCCGGCGAAGCGGAGCUGGAGAAGAGCUUACACGCCUGGUCGCUCGAACAUGGCUACGACAUGGUCCGGCGAGCUAGCAAGAAGAACGCUAUUGGCAAAAUUUACAAGCAUUACUACAAUUGCAGUAAGCAUGGUAAGCUCGCCAACACUGGAAAGCCCACUGCCACCACCGGAGUAAGGAGGAAGCGGAAGAGCAAGCGCACUGGCUGUCCCAUGGGCUUGGCGGCUGUGGCGGUAUAUCCAAGCAAUCCGGAAGGGGAGUGGCAGAUCAGGCAUCGGACAACGCAUCACAACCACGGCCCUGUGGAGGCUGUGGCGCUUGCUGGUCAUCGCCGGAGAGCGAGGAUGGGCGGCGUGGAGAAAGCGGUGGAUGGUCUCUUCGCAAUCGGCACGCCUGGCCCUCAGGUCCUACAGUUCCUUCAGCGCACCAAGCCGGAUGGACUGUUCACAAUGACGGAUGUGGCGAACAUGAAGCUCAAAUGGAAGAAGUAUGGCACGUCCACGCACUUGGUGAACCAAUUUUCUCGAGAUCCGGAGAAGGCGCUGGGCUUGCCAUCGGCUUGCCUGCGAUGCAGAGACAAAAGGGUCAGAUGCGACAGCGCCAGACCCACCUGCCAACAUUGCAUCGAAGCAAGCGCGACAUGCGACUACGACCACGAGCCCGGGCAGGAGCACCCGAACACACAAGGCUCACCGGACGAAGCCCAAGAUGACUCACUUAUCGUACCCAACAGCGCCGUCCGUCGACGCCAGAUACUGCAAGAUCUCCAGAGCUUCCAGGCCGAAUACGUCAAGCCCAAACGUCUGGAACUCAAUAGCUCGUCCGUGGAGGUCCUUGCGCACUCGAGUUGUGGAAACGGGGACAGCUAUAAGAGUAUACCUACACUCCAGGGUGCGGGAGACUGGCAGACUUACAGCGAUUCUUUCAUCGAAGCUAGUCUGAAAGAGAACACUAUCGAGACACUCACAGGCGCGAAGACCGAGCCUAUCCGCCCACAAUCCACUGAAGAGGGGCAAGAAGUGGAGGUGGAGGACUGGAACGAGUACGUGAAACAACUCGCUAUCUUCCACCGCCGAAACUUCGCUUUACUCGGGGCCCUGUUGGGCAGUCUUGCCCCUUCUUUCAGAACCAGAAUCCAGGGGUUCAACAGGGCGUCAGAGGCGUGGAGAGCGUUGGAAGAAAUGUGCUGUCCUCGCGGCUCCGACCAGGCGUUUAAGCUGUAUAUGGAGCUGCACAGUAUCACACUCCAGAGUUGUGGUGGUGAGCUGCAGAGCUACAUUGGCUGCCUCGAGACAGCGUGGCACAACUUUUCGAGGCUGAAGCAAUCGCAACAGUAUCCUCAUGGCCGUCAUCACGCAUUUGAGUCCACUCCACAGCACAAGAACGCAACCCUGUCCACUCGUACGCCCGGUACAGGAGCUGAGGUGGUGAGCGAAGAGGCAUUGUGCUUCUUAUUCUUGCGCAACCUGGGAGAUGGCUACCGCCGAUGGGUCGAUACGCUGUGUCAGACUAGUAAUAUUGGCGGUUUUGGGACGGGCUUCAAGAUUGGGUUUCGCGAUCUUACGAAGAGGGCGGUGGAGUGGGAGGGGAUGCAGAGGAGGAGUGGGUAG